AUGGGUUAUAAAAAUAGUGAUAACACUAAUAACAAAUUUUCCAGAAAAUCAAUGUCACCUUCCCUCACUGGUGGGAAGGGGAGGAAAACAGUUGGGAAGAAAGUGAAAAAAACCAUUCCUAGAAAAACUGUCAACUGGUCUAGCUACGAUGUUAAUUCAGAUAGUAAUGAAGACAGUGAUGAAGAAAGCGAAAACGAAAAUGAUAGCGAUAACGACGAUGAAGAUGAUGAUGAAACUGAACAUCAUCAUCUUGAUGGGUUAUAUUCAUUAAUGGGGAAAAGACCACAUGAUUCAAGUAGUAAUGGCGAUGACGACGACGAUGAUGACGAUGAUAACGAUAAUAAAAACAUUUUCAGUUCAACUUCAUCAGAUGGGGACUCCGAUGAGGCUAUGUUUAGUUCUUCGGAUGAUGAUUCUGACGUUGAUUUUGUUAAAUUACAGGCACAACAAAAGGCACAUGCGUUGAAAAUAGCCAAAGCCAGAAAAGGAUUGAAAAGCAAACCAAAGAAUGAAAGUAAUGAUAAUGCGAUUGCGUCGAGUUCUGAGUCGGAAUCUAACUCUGAAUCAGAUAACGAAGAUGAUGAUGAUGAUGUUGUCAGUUUAAAAAAAUUGAAACCAAGAAAGAAGAGUUUUCUUAAAUAUGGUAGGAGAAGAUCUGAUGCAGUUCUUCCCGAUAUUAAUUUUAAAUUUGAAUUUGAUACUGGUGAGAAUGAUGAAUUAGAAGCUGGUAAUCAAGAAACACAUAUUAAAGAGCCAGAAGAAGAAGAUAUUGGUGAAGAAGUGGAUUACUCACCGGAAAAUCCUGUCGACUCAAACAAUGUUCCUUCUUUGGAAUUUGAAUUUGAUCAUCAUUUGAUUGAAGUACCCAAAAUAAAUGAAGAAGAGUUGAAUUCAGAUGAAGAUUAUGAAAUUGAUGAUAAUGAGUUGCUAGCAACAUUACAAGCUGAAAAUGAUGCAGAGGAGUUUUUACCUCCAAUUACAAAAGGAAAUAGCCAACCCCAGCGCAAUGAUUCACUUAUCUCUUCUACUAUUGAAGAAGAAGAAAACGACAACGACAACGAAGAAGCAAGCAAAGGAGGAGAUGGUGAUGAUGAUGAUGAUGACGACGACGACGAAAAUGAUCCAUUUUUGAAAGAAGAAGAGAAGUAUCUUGUUAAUGAAUUUGAAACUAAUGGGUUUGAUGAAAAUGAAGAAGACGAAGAUGAAGAUGAUUUGCAUACUUUUGAUAGUGAUUUCUCAACUACUAAUCGCAUUGUCAAUUCUUUUAAAGGUAUCGGAGAAGAUCGUAGUAAACCCAUUGUCAAAUAUGAAAGUAGUGUUUCUGGUGGUAGUGAUUACGACGAAGAUGAUUAUAUUGAUUUGAUCAACUUUGAUGUUCCCUUAUUUGACGAUAAAAAUGGGCAUCUUGAUGGUGGCAAGAAAAAUAGUCAUCACAAGGGAAAUACUGAUAAGUUGAAAAAAGAUAAAGUAAAGCAAAGAGCCAACAGUAACCACAAUAGUGACGAAGAUGAUGAUUCUUAUUUAUGGAAUUAUUUUUUCAGUUCUGAUAAUGAUUCAUCGAGUGAAGAAACUGACGAUAAAAACAAUUCCAAAACAGUCAACAAAAGUAGAAAGAAUAAAAAGAACAAGAAGGCUUUGACUAAUAAUGCAAUUACUGGAGCUGACGAAUUAUUUGAACAAAUUGAAAAUGAUAAUACAUUCAAGAGCAAAAGCAAGUCUAAUCACCAUGGCAAUUCACUUUACAAGGCAUAUAGUGAUUCACCAAUGACUAUCCAGGAUCUUGAGGCUGAAAUUAGAGCAGGGGCUGAUGACGAUGACGAUGACGAUGAUGAUUAUGAUAGUAGUGAAUCUACUGAUGUUGAUGAAAGUUUACCAAAAUCAUCGUCAAAUAAUAGUUUGGUUGGAUCUUCCAAAAAAGCUACCGAGGUGUUAUCUUCAAAAACCGCUGAUUAUAGACCACCUAAAUUGGGUUCAUGGGUUACUGUUGAUUGUAAACCAUUUGGAGUAAUUGAUGGAUUAUCUACCAGAACAUUACAAUUGAAUAAAUCACAGGAGCCAAGAAGUGCUGCUCAAAGUGGUACUUCUCAUUCUACUAGUAUAGUGAAUUCAUCUAAUGGAUCUGGUCUAGGUCUACCGACAACUUCAAUCGCAUCAUCACUUGCUGCUAAUCCACGUAAAAGUAUAGUGGUUGGACCAACAAAUGUACCAUCACUGAUGAUAUCAUCUGACGAUCUGGCAUUGGGAUUAGAUGAGUUAUUAAAUGUGAGUGAAUUGGACAAUGAUGAUGAAAAUGAUGUCAAAAUAUGGCGAGAUUUCAAUAAUAAUCAAAAUAAGAAAAAGAUCCCCUUGGGUGCAUUUAGAAACAAAUCAGUGCUAUAUAAUAACCACAUAUAUCAAGAUGAUCAACAUCACCAUCUCCAUCGUCGUAAUUCAAAUGCCGACAAGAAGUUUAAUGGCAGUGGUCACAUAAAGAAACAACAACCUAUACGUCGUCAAAGUCAAUCUAAAAUUGAAAGACGUCGAGCAUCAAUUGUUGAAGCAGUUUCUCAAGGUUAUCGACCAACUAAAUCAGGAUUAUUUAGUGAAACGGCAUUGGCUGAUGUUGAAGAAUUGUUAGGAGAUGAUCGUGAUUUGAUGGAAUUGAUCCAAGGUUUAUAA